GUCUGCCGCACUGCCCGCCGCCCUGUCUGCCGCACUGCCCGCCGCCCUGCCUGCCGCCCUGUCUGCCGCACUGCCCGCCGCACUGCCCGCCGCCCUGCCUGCCGCACUGCCCGGUCAAGGCCAAAUGCAACCGAGCCUGGGAGCAGCAGAAGAGACGUCUAUCCACCCCGACGGGACUAACCUAUUUACUAACCCUGAAUAGACCAAACAACCCUGAAUGGAUACGUUAUUAAGACAAGGACCUAUGCAAUAGGCAUAGUCAACAUGGAAUUUGUUUUGUUUUUGACGGACCUUUGUGAAACAACAAGCUAACGUCAGUUCGCUACCAAGGCGGCCUAACAUUAGCAAAGGAGCUAGCUACCGUUAGGGGGGAGAAACACGGCAAAGUUGGACUUCUGUGGGCAAAAAAAAAAGGCCGACGGGUUUAUUCCCUACCAAGUUUCUUUUAACAUAGUUAACUACCUGUUAGUAACGCUAGCAGUGUAUUGUUAAUGUUAGUUAGGUAACUUAGCGUAGCUAACGUUGUGUCAAGUAGCUGUCUGUUAGCAUGACAACCUGACCCCGUCUUCAAUGUGUCGCUCCAUACUGGACACUUCGGUUACGGUUAUUGAACUGUACGUGAAAGAGACAGAAGUGUAUAAAGACAUACGUUAAGUUUUGGAAGAACGGAAGUUUCAAGUUAAAUCAAAUGUACAACAGAGUGAAGUCAAUGUCGUUGCUGAAGCAAAUCACGAUGCUGUUGUUCGUGACGGUCCUCCCUCCUGUCGCCGCUGACCAGCAGAAGGAGAGGGAGUGUGCCUUCACUGAGCAGCAGCAGCAGUGGGAGAUGGAGCGCGUGGCGGUGGGGGAGGGACGGGUUUCCCCCGAGAACACCACGAUCCACUGCUCGAAAGGAUCUCACUGCUUCGGCCUCUGGGAGAAGAGUCCUCCUGGAGACGUCAGGCUGGUCAAACAAGGUUGUUGGACUCACCUUGGCGACCAGCAGGAGUGUCGGGACGACCGUUGCGUGGUAACCAACCUGCCUCCUCAGAUCCAGAAUGGGACGUAUCACUUCUGCUGCUGUAGUACUGACAUGUGUAACGUCAACUUCACUGAGGACUUUCCUCUGCCCAGUCCCACUACAGCCCAGCCGCUAUACAACCAGUUGCAGUGUGAAGAGACCAUAGUCAUCUCCUUGGCUGUUGUCUCUGUGCUGGCUGUCAUCAUCUUUGCUGCCUUCUUCGGUUACCGCAUGAUGCACAGAGGUGGUAAACAGGGCCUUCAUAAUCUCAACAUGAUGGAGGGAGCUGGUUCUGAGAGCUCUCUGGACCUGGACAACCUCAAACAACUGGAGCUGAUAGGUCGAGGCCGGUACGGCUCGGUGUUCUGUGGUUCGUUGGACGAGCGACAGGUGGCUGUGAAGGUGUUCAGCUCAGCCAAUCGGCAGAACUUCCUGAACGAGUGUUCCAUUUAUUGUCUCCCCCUGCUGGAGCAUGACAACAUCGCUCACUUCAUCGCUGCCGACGAACGGCUGGGGGCCGAGGGCCGAGUGGAGUACCUUCUGGUCAUGGAGUACUACCCCCACGGCUCUUUGUAUCGCUAUCUGGGCCUGCAGACAGGAGACUGGAUGAGUAGCUGUCGUCUGGCCCAUUCCAUCACCAGAGGCCUGGCCUACCUGCAUACUGAGCUGCUUAAAGGAGACUUCUACAAGCCAGCUGUGUCUCACAGAGAUCUGAACAGUCGGAACAUUCUGGUGAAGAACGACGGAACGUGUGUCAUCAUCGACUUUGGCCUCUCCAUGAAGUUGACGGGGAACCGGCCCGUACGACAGGGAGAGGAGGAGAACGCUGCCAUCAGUGAGGUGGGUACAGUCCGCUACAUGGCCCCAGAGGUUCUGGAGGGGGCUGUGAACCUGAGGGACUGUGAGUCGGCUCUGAAGCAGGUGGACAUGUACGCCCUGGGCCUCGUCUACUGGGAGACCUUCAUGAGGUGUACUGACCUCUUCCCAGGAGAAUCAGUCCCAGACCUCCAGGUGGCGUUCCAGGCCGAGGCGGGGAACCAUCCUUCCUUUGAGGACAUGCAGGUCCUGGUGUCCAGAGAGAAACAGAGACCCAAGUUCCCCGAGGCCUGGAAGGAAAACAGCCUGGCGGUGCGGUCCCUGAAGGAGACCAUGGAGGACUGUUGGGACCAGGAUGCUGAGGCCAGGCUGACCGCUCAGUGUGCAGAGGAGCGCAUGGCUGAACUACUGCUGAUUUGGGACCAGUCCAAGUCUGUCAGCCCCACACUCAACCCUACUGGUAGCAGCUGUACCACACUGUUCAAUGAUAGAAACCUCAUUGGGCCACAGUCCGGCCCCGACCCUGCCUCGUCCUACAUCGAGGAGCAGGACGGCACGACCAAGAGCACACACAGCGACGCCCCCUCCGCUUUGAUUGGCCGGACGAGAGAUGGAGGUGUGGCUGGAGAGAGGAACAGGAACUCUAUAAACUACGAGCGGCAGCAGGCGGCUCACGCCCGUCUCCCCGGCAACCCCUCCGCUGGAACCUCCUCUUCCCUCACCACCAUGACCUUCAUCUCAGAGUCCAGCCAGGGUCAUGACCCCAACCCUAACCUCCACCUGACCCUGACCCAGGAGGAUCUGGAGACCACCAAGCUGGACCCCAGGGAGGUGGAUAAGAACCUGAAGGAGAGUUCUGAUGAGAACCUGAUGGAACACAGCCAGAAACAGUUCUGUUCUCCGGACCUGCUGAGUCCCGCCUCCUCCUCCCUGCUCUUCCCCUUCAUCAAGAUGGCUGCCGAGGCGUCUCCCCCCGCCGUGUUCCCUCUCCCCAAGCAGCAAAACCUCCCCAAACGACCCUCCAGCCUGCUGCUCCGCACCAAGCCGCCUAAGAAAGACUCAUCCUCUCUGAGGUUUAAAUUCGGUCGCCGUGGCAAGUCCAACCUACGACAGGUAGAGGGCGGAGCUAAGACCAACGGCGUGUCCAACGUCUCCGAGCCCCACCGGGUCAGCGCCACCAACAACCUGCUGGUCCUACGGGACCUCUCUGUGAACGGGCACGCGGCCGGGUCCUUGCCAGCAGGGGGCGCCAACAGCACGGUGGGGCUCACUCUAAGUCAGAGCACGAACCCCCAGAGCUCUGAGGACGGCCAGCUGGGGCUGAUCACUGCCAGCCCAGACGAACACCAACCCCUGCUGAGCAGAGAGACAGGACAACCAGAUGUCCACUCCUCUAACGCACGGCCCAACAACAACAACAACAACAGCAAUGGACUGGUACUGGGGGAGGGAGAGGGGGAGAGUGAUGGGGGAGGAGAGGAAGAGGAGGAGGGAGCAGGAGGAAGUACCAGUGGAGAGACCCCCUGCUCCCUGGGGGAGAGUUCUGUGUCUGGUUCCUUGUCUGGACCUGACCCCAACCCUGUCCCCAUGAGAGGUGAAGCCCUACUCAGACAGCCUAAAGGAGGCCGGCGGCCGGAGAGACCCAACUCCCUGGACCUGUCCUUCACCACCAGAGACCUGGUCUCACUGGGGGAGGCCUUGGUCCAGAACCAGGGAACAGGGGAGAAGAUUAAGAAGCGUGUGAAGACACCGUACUCCCUGAAGCGCUGGCGACCCGCCACCUGGGUCAUCACCACAGAUACCAGGGGGUCAGAGGUGAACAACAACAGGGGAGAAGGUCAGGCCCGGCCCAAGUCCAGCUCCGCUGUCUAUCUGACCUCUGAACCCAGCGACACCCGCCUCUGAACUCUGACCUUCAGAGGGACAACACAGACAGUAGUGUUGUUAUGACAGCAGGAGGAAGCAGUGUUGUAACAGCAGUUGGUUGUGUCCCGUUUCUGUCUCUCUCGCUUUGUGUCUUUUUGAUGACAUUGCUUUAAGUUGAAUCCAGCUAUGCAGCAAUCUCUUCCUUGUGGUUUCAUUUGUCUAUGUGUAUAAUGGGGUCUUCUCCAGUUGAAAUCUCAGCCUGUGACCAUGAGGGAGGCUGCUCUGGAGCCUUUAAACAGCCAUAGUAUUUGCUCUGUCUUUCAGCACCAUAAGGACUUUGCUCCAGACAUGACUGACUCUCUGGUCUUAAAGACACAAUUAUCCACUUUCACUUUUUUCAUGCUCUGUUCAUUUUUGAUUUUGUAUCAUGAUUUAAAUUGUGCAAUAGGAUACAGCUUUUAGGUGCUUUCAUUAUGUUGUUUUCUUGUUUAAAUGUUUUAAUAUAAUCUCUGUGUUGCACUUAUAAAUGGACACCAACUCAAUAUUUUAUUCAGUCUGUAAACCCUCUCCUUAAAUCAAACAACUGAAGUACUACCCACAGUUGUAAUGUCAGUGGGCUUUCUCUGUUUACUGGGACUCUGGGACUACAAUUACCAGACAGGACUGAGGGAAACUACAAUCACCGGACAGGUCUGGGGGAUACUACAAUCACCUGACAGGACUGGGGGGGACUACAAUCACCAGACAGGACUGGGGGCUACAAUCACCAGACAGGACUGAGGGAAACUACAAUCACCGGACAGGUCUGGGGGGACUACAAUCACCAGACAG